AUGAGCACGUACGCAUGGGGAGGGGGGGGGAGGGGUGUUUAUGGUGCCUCUACUCCCCUGGGCGGCGCGAAGGCUCCGGGGUUCCCCUUAGGCUCCACGGCGACGGGGAAACGGGCUUUGUCCUCGGGGGUCUCUUUCGGGGCUGGAGUGUUUAGGAACUCUGUGUACUUCCUAAGUGUAAUGUACCCAGACACUCCAAAACAAAGGAGUUUUAGGUACUUUUUAGGUACUUUAGGUACUGUAAGCUUUAUGAACAUAUACGAACGCGGCGCCGGUGUCCGGUGGCGCCGCCCCGCCGUGGCUCCCGAGCGCGGAGACGCCGCCCAAGCGAAGGGAACACUUCGGCUCGGGCGUGAGCCGGAAGUCCCUGCGGCUCGUGGCUCUGUCCUUUUCGGCACGCGUCGGCGCAGAGGGCCAAGGGGGGGCCCUCCCGCCCUCGGACUCCCCCUCGGUGUUCGAGCGCGAGUGCCUCAACAACCUCUCGCCCAACGACCCCGAGUUCGUGCGGCGGACGUCCCUGCGCUGGCGGAGGAAGACCGGGGUCGCCGCCCCGCCGCAGGGCGCGCUCCUCCGGGUGCCCCCCGCGCACGGCUGCCUCCUCGAGGUCCCCCUCGUGUCCUCCCACUGCGCCAGGUUCGAGUGGCCGACGCACCCCAGCCAGCAGCCCGCCUUCCACAAGCGCGUGUCGGUUCCCCAGCGGCCCCACGACGUCCCCGUGGCCCUGGUGCCCCCGUCCCUCCCCCCGCACCACCACCCUUCGGCGCCCUCGCCGCCCACCACCGGGACCUUCUCAUGAGGUCGCAGCGCCGACACUCCACGGAGGUCGGCCAGCGGCCCCAGGAGUCGAGUCCCAAAUCCUGCGGGAGAGAUCCUGCAGCGAGACUCCAGAAGCGAAGUCUGCAGCCGUCGCGAGGACGCCCUUCCUGCGCGGAAGACGGGAAGGGCGCGCCGACGUCCAGAAGAGACGCAAGGAGGACCUCCUUGCGGGGCGUCGACGACACCGUGACUGAAGGGCUUCUGAAGUUCCUGAGGGGGGAGGUAAGGCACAGAAAGACGCACAGAGAAAGCAAAAAAAGCGAAAGUCUAAAACAGGAGAAAAGCCUCGAAGACAACCAUUUCCUCACGCCGCCCACGCCGCUCCGCCGCCUGAGCCACCGGCUCCGCAAGUCCUUGGGAAAUCUCAAGCGCGACUGCGACGUGGGGUCCCAGAGCGACCUGUCCUCGGCCAGCGACCUGUCCUCCACGUCCUUAAAAUCCUGUCACAGCACUUUGUCCGCCACACUCUCGUCCUCGUCGUCCUGUCGCAGCGACCUGUCCUUCAGGAGUGACCUGUCGUCCUCCUCCUUCUCCUCGUCGCCCUCCUCCGUCUUCUCCUCCUCGUCCUCCUGCCACAGCGACAUGUCUCUGCUGUCGUUGUCGUCGUCGUCUUCGCGGCUCGGCUUCCAUGAGAUCUUCGUGGCCGAGCCUGAGGUCGCUGAAAUGUGUGCGAUCAUGUUCCCGUCGGAGCCGCGGCCGGAGUGGCACAGGCACCUCCGGCAGGUGCUCCACAAGGCGGGCCAGAAGAUCUUCAAGAAGCCGGAACACCACGAUACUCACAUCCCCGAGAACUUAAGAUACCAGCUCAAGCAAAUAUACGUGUACUAGCUGUUGUCUCGCGUCUACUAGGAGGGUUGCGCCUUCCGUGUCCUAGGGAGGGUCUGCUAAUUGGUCUGCUCGGAGAGUCCCGUCUGCUAGCUGGUCUGCGAGCUGGUCUGCUAGGAGAGUCGCGUCUGCUAGCUGGUCUGCUAGGAGAGUCGCGUCUGCUAGCUGGUCUGCUAGGAGAGUCGCGUCUGCUAGCUGGUCUGCGAACUGGUCUGCUAGGAGAGUCGCGUCUGCUAGCUGGGGGAGCGGCGUCUCGAGAGAGGCUGCCUCCCCCCGGGCGACUGCUGGGAAAGGGCCUUCUGCAGGGAGGUCCGGCAGUGGCUGGCAGGUCGGCAGCGCCCUCUAGCGUCGUUUGUUCAUCUUCAGUGUCAUCAUCGUCAUUUUUGUCCCCGCCUUUCUUAUUCUCUCAUUCUUUAUCUUUAUCCUGUUCUGUUUCUUCUUCUUCAUCUUCUUUUUCCUCCUCCUUCUCCUCCAUCUCCUCAUCGCCAAACCCACCAGCGAGUCUUUCAGUCCUUCUCUCCCUCUCCCUCUCCACCAUCCCCUCUCCCUCUUCGUUUUCCACCUCUCCCCCUUUCAUUAUCUCUCCGCCAUCCCUCCCCUUCGCAUUAAUUUAUCCAAAUGAAUAUUUAUCAUGCAAAUUGUUUAUUUAUCACCCAUCAGUUCGAAAAAAAGGAAGGUGAAAAAAAAAAAUUGUAAAUGUGUGAAUAGGAUUUUUUUUUUGUCAUCGGCGUUGGUGCAUUUAUUCAUUUUGUUCCACGAGUGUUUUGUCGACGGACGAAAGAGUCAGUUCUGUGCUGAAAGGAAUUUUGUGAAGAAAGAUUGUUAUUAUUUAUAUCCUCUCGUGUUAUGCCUUUCUUUUCAAAUGUAGGCCUGUGUAUUUGCUUCCGGUGUGUGUUUUAUUUGUUUUUGUUUUUCUGACCUUCAUUUGGCGGAUGUCAAAUGUCCCAAACAUCAAGGAAAAAAACAAAUAUAAACACGACGGACUCCAAGGCGAGUGAAAACAACACCAAAGCCUAUUCAUUUCUCACCCGAAACUUCAUAUAAUCAUUCAUAUAUACGUGCGCGUGUGUGUGCACAUACUCAUAUAUACACACACACAUGUAUAUAAAUCUGACACUGGUUUUCCGAAAGCCUCGUGGACACAACAGCUAGAAAACUGUAUCUGUGCUUGGGGUAGACAUAUUUUCAGAUAUCAGAUGACCUGCUGCACCCUUUCUCUCAAUGCCUUCCCAUUGCAGUCAUCAGAUGUGUGAUAGAUGCUUACUGUGUUAUUCGAGGCGAUCAUUCAGGUUGCAACGCGGCCUAAAACAAUAUUGGUUGCGUAUCCCCUCUUCAGCGAAAAGAGAAAACGGGGAUAUAGAAAACGGAGGUUGUUUCCUGGAUCCGUGUUGGCGGCCGCGGAUGGUCGCCUACCUCAGGGAUUCAUUUUGUACAUGUAUAUUUCACGGCUGUUUUCUUGCUUAUCUUCCCGUUCUGCGUGACGGAAGUGGAGACAGCGAUAUCAUUGUAAAUUUACUCAUCCAUGGAUAAAAGAGUUUAUAAAUGGUUUUCGUCUUCAA